UCAUCCUACGUGCCUGUCGGCGGAGCGGCUCGUGUUCGAUUCACUCGAUAUUUUCAUUAAAUCUCCCAAAUGUGGACUUACAAAAGCUUCUUUUCAGUCGAUCGUGCGGAACCUUAAACGAUGUUUCCCCCCACAACGAAGAGAAACCCCACAUGUUCCUUCGCAGGCUGAGCUUCUCCUCUGUUUCCGUCCCGGCCCCCCCUCCAUGGUGGCUGGUGUGGGGGUGUCGACCCCCACCGGGGACCCCGAGACGCGGUGACGGCGGCGGGCAGCCGUUCUGCACAUCGCCCGGCGUGAUGGAGCAAAUCCACCGGAGCAGCGAGCCCCCCCACAAACGGAAGAGGAGCGCCGACAAGGAGGUGCGGCAAGGGGGCGUGGCUUCUCCAGAGACCCCCGGACCUGGGUCAAUGCAGCGGGGCCGCGCCGACCAGAGGGGACCUCAGGGGGGCCGGGAUGUGGGUGUGUGGACGGGGAUCCACCCUCAUCAAGGCCACACCUCCCAGUCUAAUGACCCAGGACAGGUGGGCGGAACUAACAAUCCACCCACCAGUCACCCCUACAACUGGGGCCAAGUGGGCGGAGCUACCUGGCCCCCCAUCAACCAGCCAAGCUAUCAGGGCCAAGUGGGCGGAGCUACCUGGCCCCCCAUCAACCAGCCAAGCUAUCAGGGACAACUGGGCGGAGCUACCUGGCCCCCCAUCAACCAGCUGAGUGACCAUGGACAAGUGGGCGGAGCUAACUGGCCACCCAACAACCAAAAUCAAACGGGUGGAGCCAACAGGUCACCUACCAAUCAUGGAACAGUGGGUGGGGCUGACCGGCCGCCGCCUCCAACUGGAACUUUUCCGUCAAUCAAACCUCUUCAGAGACGGUGGGAGUCCUGCAGUACAGACCCCCCUCCUCCGGGGGGCAGCGGAGUGCUGGACUUCUCAGUGAUGUCCUACAACCUGCUGUCCCAGGAGCUGCUGCAGGACAACGUCUACCUGUACAGACACUGCAGCCCCGCCGUGCUGUCCUGGAGCUACCGGCUGCCCAACCUGCUGUCCGAGAUCCGGCUGCACCACGCCGACAUUUUGUGUCUCCAGGAAGUCCAGCAGGAUCACUACGAGAACCAGAUCAGACCGGCUCUGCAGGAAUUGGGUUACCAGUGUGAGUACAAGAAGCGAACGGGCAGUAAGCCAGACGGCUGUGCGGUGGUCUUCAACACCGCCGUCUUCUCCCUGGUCUCGUCCAAUCCGAUUGAGUUCUUCCGUGUGGGCGACGCCCUCCUGGACCGGGACAACGUGGGCCAGGUGGUGCUGCUGCGGCCGCGUUGCGCCCCCCCAGACUCCGCCUCCUUCAUCUGCGUGGCCAACACCCACCUCCUCUACAACCCCCGGCGGGGCGACGUCAAGCUGGCUCAGCUCGCCAUCCUAUUGGCCGAGUUGGGGCGGCUGGCCCGCCUCCCGGACGGAUCCACCAAUCCAGUGCUGCUGUGCGGGGAUCUGAACUCCGCCCCCUAUAGCCCCCUGUACAAGUUUCUGACCCGGGGCCGACUGGACUACACCGGACUGCAGAUCGGCAUGGUGUCGGGGCAGGAGGACGGCUCCAGAGGACAGCGUCUGCUCUCAUCCCCCAUCUGGUCUCACAGUGUGGGCAUCAACCACCGCUGCCAGUACCAGAAGGCAGCCAGCAGCAGCACGGCUGAAGACGGAGCGGUCUCUGAACUGUCGGUGGACGACAGCGCUGCUUUCAACAGAGCGACCCUGGAGCACACUCUGAAUCUGCGCUCGUCUUAUCUUCACCGCCUGAAGCCUGAUGGGAGGUCAGAGGUCACCACAUGUCACUCUCGAACUGCCAUGACGGUGGAUUACAUCCUCUACACUCCUGAUGUGCCUCCACUUCCUGGUGGGCGUGGCCUCCAGCUGCUCGGCAGGCUGUCAUUGGUCGGCCACUCGGAGCUGAAGGAAGUCCAGGGUUUGCCCAAUCAGCACCACUCGUCGGACCACCUGCCCCUCCUGGUCCGCUUCCGCCUGUGGACCUGACCCCUGACCCCUGACCCCUGACCCCUGACCUCUGUACACAACUACCCAGAAGUGACAUUUUUAGUUUGUAAAUAAAUAAAUAAUUUCUACUUUUA